AUGUCACGAACUUCGAAGAAACGUUUUAUGAGUAAGAGAAUGGACUCGGAAUUCUUCUUCCCCGAGGAAAAUCAACUAAUUGGGCGCGUCUUAUCCUCCAAAGGCCGAGAUUUGUUGGAGAUCGAAGACGAAAAUGGUCAAACAUAUCUUGCCAGUAUGCCCACCAAGUUCCGGAAUACAAUCUGGGUGAAGAGAGGGCAAUUUGUUUAUCUUCUUCCAAUCGAGGAAGGGGAUAAAGUCAAGGCAGAAAUACAACACGUCUUGGACCCGGAGACUGUUUUGUAUGUGAGAGAACACAAGAAAUGGCCGAAGCAUUUCGAAGAUGAUGCUAUGAAGAUGACGAGAGGGUUCAAACGAGGUGGUGGAGGUGAAAAUACGAUCGAUGAUGACAUGAUGCCGCCAAGUGGAUCAGAUGAGGAAGAUCUUGAAGAUGAAGAGUCGGACAACGAAGGAGAGGAGGAUGAAGAUGUCAGUGAUGAGGACGAGGCCGAGUUCUCUACAUUCAACCCAAAUCGUGCUGCCGCACCCAACAAAUGA